AUGUCACGUAAUGCACAGAGACAAACAGGUGUCUGUAAUUUUUUAGAUUUGUUAAGGUUGAUCUUUUGCCUGUUUAUUCUCUCAUGUUGUCCAGCUCCACCUCCACUGCCUGUUCCUGUCAUCAGCAGAAACUCUUCACAAUGUUCUUCAUCAUCAUCAUCAUCAUGUUCAUUGGUGUGUUCAGCUGUGAAUGUGAGUCAUGUGACUCUCUCCUGGUACAAAGGAAACAGUUUAUUGUCCAGCAUCAGUGUGUCUGAUCUCAGCAUCAGUCUCUCUCUACCUCUGGAGGUGGAAUAUCAGGAUAAAAACACCUACAGCUGUGUGCUGAACAAUCCCAUCAGCAACCAGACUCAACAUCUGGACAUCACUCACCUCUGUCACACAUGUGCAGUGGAUGCAUCAAGUUUCAAUGCAAAAGAGAGCUUAUCCUUCAGUCAUGUGAUACUGAUCUGCGCUGGUAUUGUAGUUACUGUAAUAGUCUUGGCUCUAGUUGGGAUGUUCAGUAUCUACUGGAAAUAUAGAAAAACAGAUCAAGCCUGCCAGACUCCUAAUCAAGAAUACACUGAGCUGAGUAAUGGUGAAGUUGUGGAUAAGACAGACGUAAUGAAGACGGUGUCGGUGAUGGUGGGAAAGUCCGUCACUCUAAACACCGGCGUCACUGAAAUACAAAGUUUUGAUGUGCUGCAGUGGAGGUUUGGAGAAACAGGCACAGAUCACACAAAUCCGUUUUUGGUCAUCAACAGAGCGAAUGAACUGAACAGUAUUGGUUGUAUUGAUCAUGAUAAGAGAUUCAAAGACAGAGUACAGAUGGAUCAACAAACCGGAUAUCUCACAAUCAAUGACGUCAGACCUACAGACUUUGGCAUUUAUAAACUAAUUAUCAGCAAGAAUGGACAAAAUAUGAUUUCAAAGACAUUUAUCGUUCAAAAUUCCUCAGAAAAUGGAGAGACUGCAUCAGAAGGAACAAAAUCACCAAUAAUGAAUGGAGAUGUCUCUGAAAGCACUUUUCGUUUAGGAACGGAUGGACGUCGGACGGAGUUGUUCAAGAUGUACAGAAAUAUGAAGAUUUUUGUUUUAUUUAUCGUCCCGUUACUCGUGGAUGAUGGUGUGUUUGGAGAUGAUACAGUGAAGACAUUAUCAGUGAUGGAGGGAGACUCUGUUACUCUACAAACUGACGUUACUGAAUUACAAAAAGCCGAUCUGUCACUGUGGACAUUUGGACCCGCAAGAACUCGUAUAGCUCAAAUCAACAGACAGAUUAGUAAGAUCUCAUAUUAUGAUGAUCUUAAUCAGAGAUUCAGAAACAGGCUGCGAAUGGACAGUCAAACUGGAUCUCUGACCAUCACAAACACCAGAACCGAACACUCUGGAGCUUAUGCAUUUUUACAGAUCAUUGGUGGAAAAGACGUCCCGCCCAAGAAAUACAAUGUUAUUGUUUCUGCUCGUCUGCCUGUUCCUGUCAUCAGCAGUAACUCUUCACAAUGUUCUUCAUCAUCAUCAUCAUCAUGUUCAUUGGUGUGUUCAGCUGUGAAUGUGAGUCAUGUGACUCUCUCCUGGUACAAAGGAAACAGUUUAUUGUCCAGCAUCAGUGUGUCUGAUCUCAGCAUCAGUCUCUCUCUACCUCUGGAGGUGGAAUAUCAGGAUAAAAACACCUACAGCUGUGUGCUGAACAAUCCCAUCAGCAACCAGACUCAACAUCUGGACAUCACUCACCUCUGUCACACAUGUGCAGCACCAGGUUUGUCCGCAGGUGAAAUAGCACUGGUUUGUGUUUGUGCUCUGGCUGUGGCUGUUGCUGCAGUUUUGUGUGGUUUUUACUAUUAUCAUCAACGCAAGAUGUCUAAACAAGCAGAUCAAGGGGGCCAACCUGAUGGAAUAGAACUUAUUGUUAGUCCAGCUAAAGGCCAGCCGAAUGGAGAAGAAUGUCCUGUUAGUCCAGCUAAUGGUUCAAUUGUUGAAAAAGAUGAAAUCAAGUCCUUAUUAGUGAUGGUAGGACAAUCUCUCACUCUUCACACUGAUGUCACUGAAAUACAGGAAAAUGAGCAGAUACGCUGGAAAUUUGCUGAUUCCAAAGGAUACAAUUCCACUGAAUUUGUUGUCAUAGCUAAAUGGGAUAAAACCAAUAAUGAGGAAUUCUUAUAUAAUGAAGAAAGAUUCAAAGACCGUUUAAAACUGGACCACAAUACUGGAUCUCUCACCAUCACAAAAGUCAUACCUAAACAUUAUGGACAUUAUAAACUACACAUCACCAGCGACGGACAGAAGGUCUCAAAGACGUUCAAUGUUGUUCCUUAUGUUCAAAUGAAAAGAAAUCGGACAACCCAGAGGAGACAAACAUGUCCUGUAUAAUGCAAGAGGACCACAAACACUGGAAUAUUUGAAUUCCACAGACAAAAACAAGAAACAUUCUACUUUAUGACAAAAUUCACUAAUGACAGAAGUAAUGUUGAGUGUGCAACACAAGCUGACUUAAAACAGUGUAUGUUUUGUCACACCUCUGUUUGUGAGGAGACACUAGCUAUUAUAACCACAACAGUAUUUUAAAACCACUGUACCGUUAUCACACUAGCAUGAAAAGGCAAGGUGAAGUGCCUCCUUGAGUUAGUGUUAUAUUUGUUCUACUGUGUGUAACA